AUGCGAUAUAUUUUCAGGCAUGCUCAUCAAGUCACUGCUCUCGCCCUACAUAAGCUUCAGAGAGAUGCAUUUUCCCAGUGCGUUGACGAGGCAUCGUUCUCUACGUGGGAAGAGGCAAGAAAGCGAAUAAGCCCGACGUUUCUCUUCUGGGAUGUCAUUCUACAGUUAGAGACACUGGUGUUGCUUGUAAUACGUGCACAUAGGCAACGAAACUUCAAUUUGUACGUUGAGGCCAUGGAAGAGCUGGUACCUUUAUUCUUUGCACUGGACCACGUCAAUUACGCACGCUGGGCCUCCAUCCAUAUUCGUGACCUGAAGUCUCUACCGGACAACAUCGCUAAGGAAUUUCAGAACGAAGGCCACUGGGUAUUGUCAAAAACAGGCAACAGGUUUUCUGCUAUUCCCAGGCGCAUGAACAGGAGAACAAAAUCGUCAAGAGUGCAGGUGGUGCAGUAGGCCUAACGGAGAACCCUGUAGCAUUUAGGUGAGCACAAAAAUCUAUUCUUUGCUUAUGCUUCGUUAUCAGCACAAUGUGCCAAUUGAAAAUUGUUAAUUAAGUUGUUCUGUUUUGUUAUUUUAUUUCUUUAUUUAUUAGUUUCGCCAUAUUACAAUACACAAAACUAUAACAAGAACAAGAAUAAUAUACAUGACUAUAGGCAGGGUGACCGCAACAGCGUGAGCCAAUUACUGCGGGCCCAAAAUUAUUGUUAUCGCGUUACAAAUUACAUGUUCUAUUUCUUUUUUUGAUUGAUUAUUUUAUAUAUUUACAAUCAUAAAAUAGGCUGGUUAUAAACAAAAUGGUGUAUUAGUUAACACUCAAUCAAACUGGUAAAACGGCAAAUCAGAGCACAUUGUUUGGCAGAAAAUAACUAUUCAUAGGGAUGAAAAUACUGAAUUUCGAUAUAUUCUUUUUUUUUUCAGACGUUGGAUGCGAAAAUCAGGCCCUGAGACAACGAGACUUUUGCAUCAAUUUGAGGAGCAAUAUCUAGGACCUGAUAGCGAGGAGUUUCAGGAUCGUCUAAAUCAUGAGAUGGGACUAAGCGCACAGAAGACGUUCAAGAAGCAGGUGAACAAUCUGGUUGAUGUAAUAAGGACGAUGGGGAACCCCUUUCUUGACGACUUCCCAGAGCUAGUUACACUGGACAGCCGGGAUUGUAUGGAUGAUGCUGUAGCCGAGGCAGUAGUUAACCUUGAGCAGCUUGGAAAGAAGCAGUACCAGGAUUUUGUGAAGGCAGUUAUAAAGGACAGAACGAUUUCAAUAAUCACAAUCACAAGGAUGCUCUCCUACAACAUGUUCAUCGUUCAAUUUUCCAAGCGGGAAUAUGGUCGACCAGUGAGCACUCACAACAGGCAGUACCAUCUCCAGACAGGUUUCCUUGGAAGAAAGAGGGAGGAUCAUGGGUACCGAAAUGGAUAA